AUGGCCGACUCAGCCGGAGCUGAGGAUGCGACAGUCACCUUUCAUGUCAAGUCCGCAGGCGGCCAGAAAUACACCCUCACCGUUCCCCUCUCCAUGACCACCAUCGAACUCAAGACUAAGCUUGCCGGCGAAGAAUAUGCAAAUGUGCCUGCUUCCGCACAGCGAUUGAUCUACAGUGGCAAGGUAUUGAAAGAUGACGACACGCUGUCACAGCACAAUGUAAAAGAAGGGAAUACCAUGCAUCUUGUCAAGAGUGCCGCCAGCAAUCAACGACAAAACCCCGCUGCCCAAUCUUCCGGUUCAACGACUUCCUCUGGAACGCCUGCCGCGGCUGGUGUUCCACAGAACCUGGCAUCGGGUACUGGAAACGAUCCUCUAGCUGGCCUCACAGGAGCGAGAUAUGCUGGGUUCGCUCAGUUGCCCAAUCCCAGCAUGUUCGCAAACCCUCAGAGUCCGGAAGAUUUCAUCCGUCAACUCGAAGAUCCCAAUUUUCAGCAAAUGAUGAGAGAAGCUAUGAACAACCCGCAAGUUGUGGACAUGAUGAUCAAUCAGAAUCCUCAUCUUCGGUCCAUCCCGGGCGUCCGGCAGAUUCUACAGUCUGACUAUUUCCGGGGCAUGAUGACAGAUCCUCAGGCUAUCAGGGCCAUGUUGCAAAUGCAGAAUGGUUCAAGGAUGGACCCCUUUGGGCGUGGAGGUCAAGAAGCUUUUCCAGCACCAGGAGUCACCAACACUACGGAAAAUGCAGGAGAUCAGAACAAUAGGCAGGGCGAGCAACAGCAACAACCACAACAACCGCCGAACCCCUUUGCUGCGUUCGGAGGAGGUGCCGGCGGCUUGGGUGCCAAUCCAUUUGCGAGUCUAUUCAAUAUGCCAGGACUCCCACCUGCGUAUCCAUCGACAAACUCAGCAGGCGCGACCAACCAAGCUGGAAAUACGCCAAAUCAGCAACAGCAGCAGAACCCAUUCGCCGCUUUGUUAAAUCCUGCGCUGUUUGGUCAGCAGCCUGGUGCUAACACUGGCACUGGCACUGGCACCACCUCACCACCUCCCCCGAAUCCACUUCUUCCUAACCCAGAAUCGUUUGAACAACUCUUACAAGCUUUCGAAAAUGCUCGCGGAAACGGAGGGACAACGCCAAACUUUUUUGACCUCUUUGGAGGAGGACUGGGAGGAGCUGGUGGUCCAGCGUCGCCACCAGACAACAGACCACCAGAGGAACGUUACGCAACACAAUUGCAACAGUUGAAUGAUAUGGGCUUCUACGACUUUGAUCGAAACAUCCAGGCGCUUCGGAGGACUGGUGGGAGUGUGAAUGGGGCGAUUGAGUAUCUUCUAAAUAACCCUUGA